UGCAAAAUUGGGCGGUAUAUGGCGCUGCUCCAGGUUUCUCUGUAGCUCUGAACACUCCAGAGAAAGCAACCGCCAGUCUCUCGAUUCUCUCUCAUCUCAGCCCCGAUCUAGGGUUUCUCUCUCUCUCUCUCUCACAGACAUUUUCCAUAGAAUUUCACAUCCAGCUUUGUUCUCAGCUUUAACUCCCCAGUGAAUUAGCAGAAGAUAAUGGCGAUUUCCGGUCAAACUAUCGAUAUUAUGGGCGACCGCCAGUCCGGCCAGGACGUUCGCGCCCAAAAUGUGAUGGCAUGUCAAGCGGUAGCAAACAUUGUGAAGUCUUCACUUGGCCCUGUUGGGCUCGACAAGAUGUUAGUUGAUGAUAUUGGUGAUGUAACAAUAACUAAUGAUGGCGCUACAAUACUGAAGAUGUUAGAAGUUGAGCACCCAGCUGCUAAGGUACUCGUUGAGUUGGCUGAGCUUCAAGACCGAGAAGUUGGAGAUGGGACAACUUCAGUGGUCAUUAUAGCAGCAGAGCUGCUUAAGAGAGCAAAUGAUUUGGUGAGGAAUAAGAUUCAUCCAACAUCCAUAAUCAGUGGUUAUAGACUUGCUAUGAGGGAAGCAUGCAAAUAUGUUGAUGAAAAAUUGGCUGUGAAGGUGGAAAAGCUUGGAAAAGAUUCUCUCGUGAACUGUGCCAAGACAAGCAUGUCCUCAAAGUUGAUAGCUGGUGACAGUGACUUUUUCGCAAAUCUGGUUGUGGAAGCAGUACAAGGAGUUAAGAUGACCAAUGCAAGGGGUGAGACCAGAUAUCCCAUCAAGGCAAUUAAUAUUCUCAAAGCUCAUGGAAAAAGUGCAAAGGAUAGCUAUCUUUUGAAGGGCUAUGCUUUGAAUACUGGCCGGGCUGCUCAGGGUAUGCCAUUAAAAGUCGCCCCUGCAAGGAUUGCCUGUCUUGAUUUCAAUCUUCAGAGGACAAAAAUGCAAUUGGGCAUCCAAGUUUUAGUCACUGAUCCUCGGGAACUGGAAAAGAUUCGACAGAGAGAAGCUGAUAUGACAAAAGAACGGAUUGAAAAGCUUCUUAAGGCUGGCGCUAAUGUUGUUUUGACUACAAAGGGAAUUGAUGACAUGGCCCUUAAGUACUUUGUGGAGGCUGGUGCAAUUGCAGUGAGACGUGUUAGGAAAGAGGAUAUUCGCCAUGUUGCCAAGGCUACUGGUGCAACUUUGGUUUCGACAUUUGCUGAUAUGGAAGGUGAAGAAACAUUUGAUUCAUCACUUCUCGGGCAGGCAGAUGAAGUAGUUGAAGAGCGCAUUUCUGAUGAUGAUGUGAUCAUGAUAAAAGGGACAAAAACAACAAGUGCGGUAUCAUUGAUUCUUCGGGGGGCAAAUGACUAUAUGCUUGAUGAGAUGGAGAGGUCACUGCAUGAUGCUUUGUCCAUUGUCAAGAGGACCCUGGAAUCCAAUACGGUGGUUCCUGGAGGUGGUGCAGUUGAGUCUGCUUUGUCGGUCUAUCUGGAGUAUCUUGCAACCACACUAGGAUCCCGGGAGCAGCUUGCAAUUGCAGAAUUUGCUGAAUCUUUGUUAAUCAUACCAAAGGUUCUGGCUGUCAAUGCCGCAAAAGAUGCGACUGAAUUAGUUGCUAAACUCCGUGCUUACCACCAUACUGCCCAAACCAAGGCAGACAAGAAGCAUCUGUCAAGCAUGGGGCUUGAUCUUUCACAUGGAACCGUCCGUAACAAUCUAGAAGCUGGAGUCAUUGAGCCUGCAAUGAGCAAAGUGAAGAUUAUACAGUUUGCAACUGAAGCAGCCAUAACAAUUCUCCGGAUCGAUGACAUGAUCAAGCUAGUCAAAGAUGAGAGUCAAAACGAAGGGGAUUAGCUUCCUGCUUCUAUGGAAUAUGCUGGGUGCCCGUUAAGGGGAACUAUGGUAAGUAGAAUUAUCUUAAUCCGAUUCCUUCCUGGGUGGAGUAUGGUGUCAUGAUAGAAUACUGAAUUGCUGUGAAUUCAUUUGUAUGCACUUAAAUGGGCUCUCAAGCUUAAUGCGGUUUUUUUUUUUUGUUUUUUUACAUGUUUGCUCCUUAAAGAAAAUUUUGUAGUUUUGUUGCAGCUACUGGGUCAUAGACAACACGGCAUUUGUGUUAUAAUGUAUCAAUGGUUCAAUUUUUACUGAAAAUGGUGA